GUUGACCGUGUUAGUCUUGCUGGGUAGACGGGACACGCGUGUGUAUUUCAGCGUGUUUGAGAUUGCGUAGCGGAGAGGCUGUGGCGUAAACCUGGAACGAGAAACCGCUGAUGACAGACCGAAAUAAAUACAAGGGGACUGUUAAACUGACGGAAUGUUAAAUAUCUAACCCGGCUACGUCAAAGUAUUCAUUAAAAAAGGACAAGAAACACGAAGCACCCCUGUAAUCAAUCGCUGGAAUGAAACGGUACAUCUAACGAAUCGCACCGGACUGGAGAAUCUGCUGGGAAGCAGGACGGACACGAGAACGGGCAACAGCAACGCCAGAUUUAGAUUUGGAAUUCUAAUUCGGCGUGGAUUUAAUUAGAAAAUAUAUUUAGCUCAAACAAGCACUCAACCACAUUUUGACACCAAACACAACAACGUCUUGGUACUUCGAACCAUGUGAAGACCCUUGAAUCAAGACCAGGAAAAGCUUUGUGGAGACUUGUAGAAAGUUUCUUUCUUUUUUCUCCCCCCCCCCCCCCCCCCCCCCCCCCUCCAUCAUGGAAACCAGGAAGGAUUUCCACAGGAUUUUUCUUUGCCCCUCAAUACAGGGGUUCUGGUCACUGGGGGUCAGCCUUCUCCUCUUGAUUGUACUGUCCCCCGAAUAUUCUUCUAGCCAGCCCAUCAGCACCUUCCACACAAAGAACCGGGACUGGACAUUCAACCACUUGACAGUUCACCAGAAGACUGGGACGCUAUACAUUGGUGCUGUCAACUGGGUCUACAAGCUGUCUGGCAACCUAACCCUUCUGGUGUCCCACAGUACAGGGCCAGAGGAUGACAACAAAUCGUGCUACCCUCCCCUGAUUGUCCAGCCCUGCACCGAACCCCUGACGCUCACCAACAAUGUCAACAAGCUGCUUCUCAUUGACUACUCCCAGAACCGCCUCCUAGCCUGUGGAAGCCUCUACCAGGGAGUUUGCAAACUCCUGCGCUUGGAUGACCUCUUCAUCCUGACGGAGCUCUCCCACAAGAAGGAGCACUACUUGUCAAGCGUCAACCAGACGGGUACCAUGUACGGCGUGAUUGUGCCCUCGCAUGGUGAGGACGCCACGCUCUUUAUCGGCACGGCAGUGGACGGCAAGCAGGACUACUUCCCAACCAUAUCUAGCCGCAAACUGCCCAAGGAUUACGAGUCCUCGGACAUGCUGGACUAUGAGCUGCACAGUGACUUUUUGUCCUCGCUCAUCAAGAUCCCGUCAGACACCCUGGCCCUGGUCUCCAACUUUGACAUCUUCUACAUCUACGGCUUUGCCAGUGGCAACUUUGUCUAUUUCCUCACGGUCCAGCCGGAGACCCCCGAGGGCGUCUCCUCUGGAGCCUCUGCCAGUGAUCUCUUCUACACCUCGCGCAUUGUGAGGCUCUGCAAGGACGACAACAAGUUCCACUCCUACGUGUCUCUGCCGGUGGGCUGUGUGAGGAACGGCGUGGAGUACCGCCUGCUGCAGGCCGCCUACCUCUCCAAGCCUGGCGCGGUCCUGGCUGCCUCCCUCAACAUCUCGGCCGAGGAUGAUGUUCUGUUCACAGUCUUCUCCAAAGGUCAGAAGCAGUACCACCAUCCCCCGGACGACUCUGCCCUCUGCGUCUUCUCUAUCAAGAACAUCAACGCCCGCAUCAAGGAGCGCCUGCAGUCAUGCUACCAGGGGGAGGGGCACCUGGAGCUCAACUGGCUGCUGGGGAAGGAGGUCCAGUGCACCAAGGCGCCAGUGCCGAUCGAUGACAAUUUCUGUGGCUUGGAUAUCAACCAGCCACUGGGGGGCUCCCAGCUGGUGGAAGGAAUCCCCCUGCUCACGGAGUCCCGGGACCGCAUGACCGCGGUGGCCACGUACGUGUACAGCGGAUACUGUGUGGCCUUCGUGGGCACCAAGAGCGGCAAGCUCAAGAAGGUUAGAGUGGACGGCCCCCCGCACGGUGGGGUUCAGUACGAGACCAUCUCCGUCAUCAAGGAUGGGAGCCCCAUUCUCCGUGAUAUUGGCUUCUCCAUAGACCAGAACUACAUCUACGUGCUGUCAGAGAGACAGGUGUCCCGGGUUCCGAUCGAGUCGUGUGAGCAGUACACCGGGUGUGGGGAGUGCUUGAGCUCGGGGGACCCCCACUGCGGCUGGUGUGUGCUGCACAACAUGUGUUCUCGGAAGGACAGGUGCGAGCAAGCGGAGGAGCCGUUCCGAUUCGCCAGCACCAUCAGCCAGUGCGUGAGCGUCACCGUGCAGCCAGAAAGCAUCUCCGUCUCCGAGCACAGCGUGACGUUGACCGUGAUGGUGAGUGAUGUUCCAGAUCUCUCUCCCGGAGUGACCUGCGCAUUCGGAAACUUAACGGAGGUGCAGGGCCAAGUGUCUGGGAAUCAAAUCCUCUGUCUUUCACCAUCACCGAAAGACGUGCCGCUGAUACCAACCGAUCAAGACUGGGUUGGAGUUGAACUCCGGUUGAAUUCCAAGGAGACGGGAGAGAUGUUCGCCAGCACUGAGUUCAAAUUCUACAACUGUAGCGUCCACACACUGUGCCUGUCCUGUGUGAACAGUGCCUUCCACUGCCACUGGUGUAAAUACCGCAACCUGUGCACCCACGACCCCACCAGCUGCUCCUUCCAGGAGGGCAGAGUUAAUGCCUCAGAGGACUGCCCACAACUGGUGUCUUUAGAGCAGAUCCUGAUCCCGGUGGGCGAGGUGAAGCCCAUCACACUGAAGGCACGGAACCUGCCCCAGCCGCAGUCCGGCCAGCGGGGCUACGAGUGUGUACUGGACAUACAGGGGACCAGCCACCGCGUCCCCGCACUGCGCUUCAACAGCUCCAGCGUGCAGUGCCAGAACAGCUCGUACACUUAUGACGGGAUGGACAUCAGUGACCUGGCGGUGGAUUUCUCUGUGGUGUGGAAUGGAAAUUUCAUCAUUGACAAUCCAGAGACUAUUAAAGUGCACCUGUACAAGUGUGCAGCCCAGCGGGAGAGCUGUGGACUGUGCCUGAAAGCUGAGAGGAAGUUCGAGUGUGGCUGGUGCAGUGGGGAGGGACGGUGUACCUUGCGCCAACACUGCACACCACUUGCCAACCAGUGGCUGGACCUGUCCAGCAAGAACGUCAAGUGUACGAACCCCCGGAUCACGGAGGUGACCCCGGUGGCCGGUCCUCCCGAAGGAGGGACACGUGUCACGAUCCACGGAGUCAACCUGGGCCUGGACUUCUCCGAGAUCAUCCACAACGUGCAGGUGGCCGGCGUGCGGUGCAGCCCCCUACAGGACGGAUACAUCAUUGCAGAACAGAUCGUGUGUGAGAUGGAGCCGGCCCGGCCACAGAUGUCAUCCGGAUCAGUUGAUCUUUGCAUUGGGGAGUGCAAACCAGAGCUGAAGACCAAAUCCACGCAGCUCUAUACGUUCGUGGAACCAGCUGUGGAAGCCUUGUCCCCCAGUCGGGGACCAGAGUCUGGGGGGACAAAGGUGACCAUAAUGGGGCAAAACCUGGGAGCUGGGAGCAGCGUGUCUGUCUUCUUCGGAAAUCAGACAUGCGAGUUCUACGGGCGCACUAUGACAGAGAUCGUCUGCUACUCCGCGCCCUCGCCCACUGGAGUUGGCCUGGCCCGGAUCAGGGUCAGUGUGGAUCGUGCCCAGGUGGAGGAAAGCCUGCAGUUCGAGUACAUCGAGGACCCCACAGUGCAGCGAAUCGAACCCGAGUGGAGCAUCGCAAGUGGCCACACUCCCCUGACUAUCACAGGGACUAACCUGGAUGUGAUUCAGGAGCCCCGGAUCAGAGUGAAAUACAACGGCCACGAGUCUGACAAUGUAUGUAAAGUGCUGAACGCGACCACCAUGUCGUGCCUGGCCCCGCCCCUCACCCUGGAGUACCGGCCCGGGUUGGACGCAGUGGAGCGUGCGGACGAGUUCGGCUUCAUCUUCAACAACGUGCAGUCCCUGCUGCUCUACAACAACACCAACUUCAUCUACUACCCCAACCCCACCUUUGAGCCUCUCAGCACCUCGGGCAUCCUGGAGCAGAAACCGGGCUCCCCCAUCAUCCUCAAGGGACGGAACCUGCUGCCCCCGGCCUCUGGAGGCGCCAAGCUGAACUACACUGUGCUGAUCGGAGAGACGCCCUGCUCCGUCACCGUCUCGGAGACACAGCUGCUGUGCGAGCCUCCCAACCUCACCGGGCAGCACAAAGUCAUGGUCCACGUGGGUGGUCUCAAGUUCUCUCCCGGCUCAGUCCACGUUCUCUCGGACAGCCUGCUGACCCUCCCCGCCAUUGUGAGCAUCGCGGCCGGCGGCGGCCUGCUACUCAUCAUCGUCAUCAUCGUCCUCAUCGCCUACAAGCGCAAGUCCCGCGAGAACGACCUCACACUGAAGCGGCUGCAGAUGCAGAUGGACAACCUGGAAUCCCGCGUGGCCUUGGAGUGCAAGGAAGCCUUUGCAGAGCUGCAGACAGACAUCAACGAGCUGACCAGUGACCUGGACCGAGCCGGCAUCCCGCACCUGGAGUAUCGCACCUACGCCAUGAGGGUUCUCUUCCCAGGCAUUGAAGACCACCCGGUGCUGCGCGAGCUCGAGGUCCCAGGUAACGGUCAGAUGAGUGUGGAGAAAGCCCUCAAGAUGUUCGGCCAGCUCAUCAACAACAAGGUCUUCCUGCUGACCUUCAUCCGCACCCUGGAGCUGCAGCGGAGCUUCUCCAUGCGCGACCGCGGCAACGUGGCGUCCCUCAUCAUGACCGCGCUGCAGGGCAAGCUGGAGUACGCCACGGACGUGCUCAAGCACCUGCUGAGCGACCUCAUCGACAAGAACCUGGAGAGCAAAAACCAUCCCAAGCUGCUUCUGCGCAGAACCGAGUCGGUGGCUGAGAAGAUGCUGACCAACUGGUUUGCCUUCCUGCUGCACAAAUUCCUGAAGGAGUGUGCCGGGGAGCCUCUCUUCAUGCUCUACUGUGCCAUCAAGCAGCAAAUGGAGAAGGGACCCAUCGACGCCAUCACUGGAGAAGCACGCUACUCCCUGAGCGAGGACAAGCUCAUCCGCCAGCAGAUUGAGUACAAGACUCUGAUCCUGAACUGCGUGAAUCCUGACAACGAGAACAGCCCGGAGAUCCCUGUCAAGGUGCUGAACUGCGACACCAUCACACAAGUGAAAGAGAAGAUCCUGGACACAGUUUACAAGAAUGUGCCGUAUUUCCAGCGCCCGCGGGCUGUCGACAUGGACCUUGAGUGGCGUCAGGGGCGGAUGGCGCGAGUGGUCCUACAGGAUGAAGACAUCACCACCAAGAUUGAGAACGACUGGAAACGGCUCAACACCCUCAUGCACUACCAGGUGUCAGACCGCUGUGUGGUGGCUCUGGUCCCCAAGCAGACCUCGUCAUACAAUAUCCCACCUUCCGCCAGCAUCUCCCGCACCUCCAUCAGCAGAUACGACUCCACAUUCCGUUACACGGGCAGCCCGGACAGCCUGCGCUCGCGAGCCCCCAUGAUCACCCCCGACCUGGAGAGCGGGGUCAAGGUGUGGCACCUCGUCAAAAACCACGAGCACGGAGACCAGAAGGAGGGCGACCGCGGCAGCAAGAUGGUGUCCGAGAUCUACCUGACCCGUCUGCUCGCCACCAAGGGGACGCUGCAGAAGUUUGUGGACGAUCUGUUCGAGACUCUGUUUAGCACGGUGCACAGAGGGAGCGCUCUCCCUCUGGCAAUCAAGUACAUGUUUGACUUCCUGGACGAGCAGGCAGAUAAACACGGGAUCCACGACACAGACGUGCGGCACACCUGGAAAAGCAACUGUUUGCCCCUGAGAUUCUGGGUGAACGUGAUCAAGAACCCGCAGUUCGUGUUUGACAUCCACAAGAGCAGCAUCACGGAUGCCUGCCUGUCGGUCGUAGCGCAGACCUUCAUGGACUCGUGUUCCACGUCUGAGCACCGCCUGGGCAAGGACUCCCCGUCCAACAAGCUGCUGUACGCCAAGGAUAUCCCCAACUACAAGGGCUGGGUGGAGAGGUACUACGCAGACAUCGCGAGGCUCCCUGCGAUCAGUGAUCAGGACAUGAACGCCUACCUGGCGGAGCAGGCGCGCCUGCACUUCACCGACUUCAACAUGCUGAGUGCGCUCAACGAGAUCUACUCCUACGUCAUCAAAUACAGCGAGGAGAUAACCUCAGCGCUGGAGCAGGAUGAGCAAGCGCGCAGACAGCGGCUGGCAUACAAAGUGGAGCAGCUCAUCGGAGCCAUGUCUAUAGAGAGCUGAGGACAGGAGGAGGUGUCUUCUGAACCCAAUCAAACUAAUGAAGUCAUGGGACACAUUGCUGGAAGGGACCAACACAGACGCGCACACACACACACACACACACACACACACACACACACACACACACACACAUAUAUCUGAAUAGUAACACUAGUCAUCAGUGUGGCUACGUCAGUAUGGUGACUUCUUCCUGCAGUGUAAAUGGCUUCCUUUCUUCCAGUGAUGUAUCUCCUUCCAUUGACAAUUCCAGAUCUAGGGAUGGACCUUUUGAAACUGCAGAGUAAAAUGAAAUGAAACCUAAAGCAGCAAAUCUGGAAGGGACCAGGACUGUUUCGCCAGCCUGCUUUGCAUGGGAAUCUAAAGCUCUGUAUCUUGAAGCUGGGGGUGUGCUCUUAGUUCCCAUUUAUUUUUAUAUAUUCAUAGGUUUUUAUUUUGUUUUAUUUUAUUUUUAAAUUCUGGAUUCAGCUUAUUAUUUUUGUAUUUUAUCUCCUCAUCGAGUGGGUUAACGUGGGUGACAAAUUUUUUUUUUUUUUUUAAAACUAACUGAAAAUGACUGGUACUGUACGUGGACUGCUCUUAGAUGUGUCUUUUGAGCUGCUGGCACAAAUUUGCACACAAACUUCCCUUACCCAAGAAAAAAAAGAAAAAAAACAACAUCCAAGAGCUGAGAUUGGAUGAAAUCCGAAGACUUGCCUUCGGGACGGCUUGGAUGUGCCGAGUUGAGAGUCUUAAAAGACGUGUGUUCAAAGUCCCCCAAAGGCUUUCGAGCUCAAACCUCAUGUGAUGGAAGGAAAGGGGACAAGUGUUGCGUAGCAUGGGAAAGCAUCAGCAAGGACCCUGGGGCUACAAACUCACUCUUUAAAGACUUGCUACUAGAAGAAAUGUAAUUACAAGUUUUGUUUUUUGUUCUCAGUUUGCAUUUGUGUAUAAAUCCAGUAUGUGUAUAUAAAACUUUUCCACAAGGAUUCUGAAGGAGAGUCAUAACAGUCUUAGUUCAGUGGAUAUGAAUGGCUAUCGUUGCAACCUUUAUGGCCCAUCACCAAAGCCUGUUUCGACAAGCCUCUUAAAGCUUGUCUUUUCAAUUCCCUCCACUUGGCCAAAAUAUUCUCCUUGCUGUACUUGAGCACAAUGAACUCGAAUACAGCACAGUGUAGAUCUGUUCUGAGAUUGUGUACACCGCUUACCUCCUCCCGGUGAAUGUCAACACUUGUGAGCCGUCAAAGCUUUCCAAAUCAGCUCUGCUUACCUUGAAAUGCCAGGAUCUCUGCUAACUUGGGUCAGGGCAUGUUUGGUUUCACUCAAUCCGACCAAGAAGGGAUUGACAAAGAGGAAUCAUUUUGAAACCCUGUUUACAUUGAAGUUUACAGAUGAGUUAGACCAGCGUGUAUAUGUGUUUCACAACCAUGUGAGGAUCACAUCAGUACUCAUAGCCACCUAGACCUGAGGCUGUAGGGCUGGUACAAAGCAUGCAAACAAAUGCUGCUGACAUGAAGUAUUCAGCUGCAGUUUAACUUAAGAGCCAGGGAAGGAAGUGAACAAGCAGAAUACAGAACGUGCCAAUAAGCAACAGGUGAGUUCUGUGUAGCAACGGUCUUGUAUACCGAUUUCGUAUGGUUUCAUAUACAGUAGAAUAGUCUGAAAAUCUUAACCCUCAACCCAAACUCAGCAUGGAGAACCCCUUACUGUGCAGUAGUUUAGUCACCAGGAGAGCAUUGCCUUCUGCUCCGUUCGUGCCAAAGGGUCACAUUCACAAAGCAUUAGCAUUAGGGUGGGAAAUGCAGCACUGUGUUUACAGCAAACGCUUUAUGAACAUUGGGCACGUUUCAAAUCGCAAAGGGACAUUACAGGGAAGCGGGAAUGUGAACAGACAAGAAAGGGCGGAGCUUGGCACCUGUCUUGCCAGGGUGUGGCUGACUGUAAAUCCACCGGCAAGGAAUUGAAGUACAGGAGUGACAUUUGUAACUGCACGUUAAGGCAAGGGUUUCCCAAACUGAGGGUAAUGUUACACGUGCCAGGGGAGGAGCCAUUUAAUUACACGAGCGACGCUGUCAGCUGCUUGAGUGUUGUAAUGCAACACUCACUACCUUGACGUCACCUCUAGCAUAGAUAUAUAUAGUCUUCAUACGGUUACCAUUGUACAUCAAAAUGGGAGUGAUUGUAACAAUCAAUACCCCUAAUUACAGUUUGGGAACCACCCCUGUGUUCAGAGAGGCAGUCAAUGAGAAAUCUGAAAGGAUAAAAAAAAAAAAAAUAGCAAGCUGUACCUUUUAUGCAGUGUUCAAAAAAGGCAUUCAUGUGCACAUUGUUCUUAAGUCCCCAAAGAUCUUUUGCGACAGACUUAAUAUUUCAUUAAGCAUGUCAGAUGGCUCUGUUAAUUCCUGCUGUAUUAUUCAUAAUGUGUUGCAGAGAGGCAACAGGUAAUUAGAAGUGCUAACAUGCUGCAGCCCGGUCAGGGGAAUUGAGUUUGCCACAGUGUUCAUUCCUCACAGUGCAGUGUUUACAUCAAAAGAUACUUGAAAUAAGCAGGUUUUAAGUUAUUUAGUGAAGCGUAUUUAAUGAUGACAACAUUAGACUAGAAGAAUGGUAAGGAAAAGGAGGCAGUUUCACGUCUCUGCAAGCCAAGGUCAGUCCUGUCUGGUGCACCAGCUGAGUUUAAAUCCCACUUGGAGAGGCGUGAUUUCAAUGUUACGAGCGGGAUGAGCAACAGUAAAAAAAAAAAUUAAGAGAAACCUUCUUCAGGACUGUGGGACUCUCUGGUUGAUAAGGCCCGCUUCUUAUUCAUUCAAAAUAAGUAGAUAUGGAUUUGUACCUGCAGGCACAGCACUCCCCAGCUUGUCACACUUGUUUUGAAGAGUGUUUGAAAAAGCCCUUUAGCUUUGGUUUCCUGCUCUUGCUUUGAUGCGUGUCUUUGAUCUCGGAAUCAUGUGCGCACCAUGUGAUCAAGAUAUGGACUUCAAAAGGUCCCGAGACAUAGACAGCGGUGCUUGACAUAUGAUUAGUCUGUACAGCAGCUGGAGAGCUCUGGUUUCAACCCUCUCUCAUCUUAAACCAAGCCUCUGGUUUUAAAAAGUGCAUAGAAAAUCACCAGAUUGGUCGGGGACAAUGCUUUUGGAUUUCCUCCAGGCUAAGGACCCAGAAACCUUGAAGUCUUUAUCCUCUCACGUCAGGGGUAAGCACCUUGGGUAUAAAACAGCAGUCACCUGUCGUAAUGAGCGGCAGUGUUCUGACUGCAUUGCAGGACCUGCUGUUGCCACACUUUCUUGGUAUUGCCAGCUUGUCAUUGUAAAUGAGAAUGUGUACUCAGUUGACACAUCUGGAUAAAUAAAAGGCUUUGAUUGAUUGUAUUCAGUAAAACUGAAAAGUAAAUGAAAUACCUGGUCCAUAAUAACCUUGCGGUACCUGGAGCCUAUCGUGGCGGUCCUGUGUUACUGUAAUUUUUGAGGUACUCUACUACACAUUUCCACCAGAUUUUGAUGCCUAGUAACUUGGUGAACUAAAAUAAUUAUUAUAUUGCUGAUGGACCCAAAAACAUCCCUAACUCUUCAGGUUCUGUUCAUCGACAGUGUUACUGGAGCUCUCAUAGCUUUGACGUAUGGAUUGCUGAUGCCAGCUAUAUACCUGUCUUUUUUUCACACCUCUCCUAUACUAACUUUACAGCGAAUUCUGGUGACUAGUUUCUUUGUUUUUUGCUGUAACUGAGCCAGGCAGGUUCUUAGUGCAAGCUGCAGCAGAUGUUUUAUAAUGCAGUUAUAAUCUGAAGGUCUGCCCCCAGGGAUGAGGGGGGUAGUGCUAAGCAGUAGCUUGUGACUUCAUCACCGUUUUACACAGUUGCUGCUUGUACCUCUGUCAUAUUGAUAAGAGCAUUCAGGCCAAACUGACCAUUAUUGAGUGACCAAAUCCUGUUUAUUCAUCCAGCAGAUUUAUUUUCGGGCUUGGAUUAUGAAAUCAGUGAGUUCAGUGACUGAUCGCUGAGUUUCUGGUAAAGGGGUUUGUGUAUUGGGGGUGGGGGAGGUGCAUGUGGAGCAUGCAAGUCAGCAAUUUAAAAUAUUGUUUGGUCUAGUUUUUUUUUUUUUUUCUUAAUAUUUAAGACAUAUCAGAUAGUGUAAUAAAUCAUUAACCGCAGCUGUAGCCAGAGAGAGAGAGAAUCUGUGCAGUGUGUUCUGUAGAUAGAGCCCUACUGUACGCAGGCUUUGUCUAUUCUAGCCGCCUGCCUUUGUGGAGUUGAUACGCUGUCUGAGCCAAACUUGACCCCUGAUCUUUAAACCCUAAAACUUUAAAGGGAAUUCAUCUUCAUUUAAUGAAAUAACGAACUUCUGUCAAUCGAAACUACAGUAGUAUCGACGAUGCCAGGUUCAAUUUUAUUUAAGGUUGUUUUUAACAUGACUAUACGCUGUGGCAGGAUGACACAAGAAGAAACAGCAAAAAAAUACAGUUAAAUUAAGUCUAGGAAUUGAAUUUUGAGUGGACAUUUCAGGCUUUUCCCACUGAAGGGGAAUAUAUAUAUAUAUAUAUAUAUAUAUAUAUAUAUAUAUAUAUAUAUAUAUAUAUAUAUAUAUAUAUAGUGUCUGACCUGCUUGGUCAUCUCCACUAAAAUCAUUCUGCACUAAAAGGACCAAAACAAUAAACCCGAAUGCGCUGCGGUCCUACAGAGCAAUGAGAAGAGGAUUCGAUUAUAAAACUUUGACAUAAUCAAAAAACAAUGUGUUUUAUGCACUUUCAAAAUGUUAUUGGUUGAAGUCAGCAGUCCAGUUUUGUGUCAUGUUGCUGCAGAAUGGCAUAAGAAAAUAAAAUAAAUACACAAGCUUAGAGCUUAUCACUUGCAAGCCCAAGCCAUGUGACUCUUGCCUUUUCUCCCUGUCCUACCUGUUCAUUCGUUCAUUUGUAGACACUGGAGUUCUGUAUUAUAGCAAAUAAAAUAAUAUACAAUGGCUGUCUGUUAUUAUUGUUGUUUUAUAAAAGGUGUUGUGAAAAUUGUAAGAAAGUUAAAAGUAUUUAAAAAAAGCAGUUCUGCAAAAAAGUUGUCUUUGUUUUGUUUUUUGUUAAUGAUAAUAUAUUAUGGUGUACCUAUUGUAAAUAUGAAGCACUGCUAUUUUGCAAGCCAAGGAUUCACUUUGUACUGUUGUUAUAUAUAAUUAAACUUUACUGGUUAAAAAUGUG